AUGGCGACCGCUCGUUCCAUGUUUCUGGCAAACAUCCUGCCGCUCGCCGCAGUACAGGCCCUCAUGCUUCCUCGAGCGGAUCUCUUCUGUCAGUUGGACGCAGUCGACUUCCUCCCAGCGCUGGCCAACUACGACCCAGCCCUGGAGUACUGUUCCUCCAGCUUUCCAGUCCCAGCAACGACGGCAACAGUGACUCCCAUCACAGAUGCCUUUACCACCAUUACAAGAACUGUCACCGUGUUCAGCAGUCUGAUUACUCCUGUCGUUGCCACAGAUACCGAACUCCCGACUGUGAUCAUUGAUCCCCCCGUCACUAAGGUAAAGAGAAGCGAAGGUGGUGAAAACGAAGAAGCCCGUCGUGGUCUCUUGGACGGCUUCUUCGGAGACAGAUUCCCAGGCUCUGGCCACCAACAUCAUUGGCCCGACUUUGUGCCUGGCCGCGGCGGUAACGGCGGCGGCGGCUACACCAACAACAAUGCCGGGUACGGCGGUGAGAGCCCGUAUGGCGAUGACUACGACGACGGUGGUGAUGAGUACGAUGACGGCGAGGGAGACACUCCCGAUGGUACCUGGUACCCGGCCCCGGCGCCCGAGACGACCAGUGCCGAUGUGGACCCUACCUUCAUCAUUCCCACCAUUACGCUGCCUACAAUCACUGAUCCGCUCCCCACCAUCUCCUCUCUCGUGUCUUCUCUCACGAGCGAUCUGGGCCCCAUUGAAUCGUCACUCUCGAGCUCCAUCGCCUCGGUGCUCUCGUCCCUGACGAGCGACAUUGACACGGUGCUGCCUACGGUGCUGCCGUCGCUGACGAGCGAUCUGCCCAUCCCCACGGUCACGCCGUUUACCACCUCGGCCAUUACCACGGGCGGCGGCGGCGACUCGGCUCUGUCCAGCCUCCAGUCCCUUGACGCCGUGUUCCAGGGCUCCAUCUGCUCCUGCAUCGAGGACGCGCCCACCUUUACCAUUACGGGCGUCCCGACAGCCACUGGUCUUCUCACCGCGGUGGAGACGGUUACGGUCACCCUGCCCCGUCCCCGUCACGGCAUCUACUAA